CAGCAGGAAACUCAGCAUUCACCUCACGACUGCCUACUGUGCAAGCCUCCCUGUCGCCCUUCUCUCUCUCUCUGUUCCUUUCCCGACAUAUAUACACUCCUUCCUCUGCCUCCUCGCGCCGUCCAGCUUUUCGCGGCUCUAAGCUAAUGGAGCCCUCGCCGAGCCAUGGUGCUGGGAUGCCUGGCGUAGAGGCCGCGGGGGGACCACCAGGCGGGGACACCACACCGCCACUUCCACAGGGACACGACGAGGACACCCGGGUCGAGGAGGAGGGCGCGUUGCUAGGCUCAGACACGGAGGAGGAGGAGGAGGAGGGGGAGAGGAGGGCGCCGAGGGGUGGGUCAGCGCCUCCCCAGCUGCUGUCAGACAGGAUCAUGCUGGCCGCCAAGCUGGGCCUGCUCUUCCUGGCGCUGGUCAUCGUGGUGCACAGCAGUAAGGGGCCGCUGAUUCGCAAGGCAUCCUCCCCUCAACCGUUCUUCCCACAACAUUCCCUGGUGACGGACUUCCAUUCGGGUGAUGUCGGAGGCCUCACCGAGCGUCUCCUGGCGUCGGACCUCUCCCUGGUGGUGUACUAUGCGCCGUGGGACAGGAGCUCCCAGGCCCUGCGCUGGGAGGUGGAGCAAGCGGCACAGUUCCAUCAUGAGCAGAUCUACUUCGCCGCCAUCAACUGCUGGCACCCGGGCUCGGAGUGCAAGUCUCGCUACAAAAUCCGCAAGUUCCCGGCUGUUGUCCUGCACAUCCGCACCUCCUCAGGGAUGGAGACCAAGGCAUUUGCUUAUGGCGGUCCCCACGAGGCAGGUCACCUCAUACGCUUCCUCUCCCGCUGCCUGCGUCCGCUGACUCACGUUGCAAGCCACGCCGACCUACCCAGGCUGCAGGUGGACCACAGUGCGGUGGUGCUGGGAUACUAUGACUUCUCCUCGAGCCUAGUGCCAAGGGGCUACACGUCAUACUACCUGGCAGCGCUGCGAUGGCUGCAACACGAGCCAUCUGGUGCCGUGGCCUGGGGCGUCGUCACCAACCCUCAGGUGGCCCAGGCCUUCUCCCUGAGCACCUCCCAGUCCAUCCACCUGGUGCUGUGGAACACUACGCUGUCCUUCACUAACGCAGCCACGUCAGACAGCGAGGGCAUCAGCAACUGGGUGGCCAAGCGCCUGGAUGAGACCGCCUCGUGGCUCCACGUCUCGGGCGACAAGAGUCAGGUGCUGAGCCUGGACACACAGGAGGGCCCCAGCUUGCUGCUCUUCGCUCCUGACAACCCCUACCACACCCCCAACGACCCCUACACACUGCUACGAGAAGUCUCCCUCGACUACUUCAACUGCAACCAGUCAAGCCGAGUGUCCACGCUGGCCCGCUACCUGAGGGUGUCGCGCUCCAGGGGCCGCACCUUUCAGAGGAAGGUGGAGAAGGCCUGCCAGACCUACCUGACUGAACACCUGCAGAUGCUCCACUUGGCACAACAGCAGCGAGCCUCAGAAGGCAAGGGGUGUUGCCACAGCACAGAGGCAGGAGGGGUGUGUGUUCCUGCACCGGACGGAAGCCCUGCCUCUGAGGAGUGUGUCAACCCCAACCUGCAAAUGAAAGCCAACCUGCUCCACCACGUCAACAGCCUCAUGACGGUGCUGAGCGAUUCCUGCCGUGAGAUGGUCCUGCAGUACAACCCCUGGAAGGACCCCUCAGUGUGCUGCCACCACGCCAACACCACCAAGGCAAAAACGAAGCCCAUCCCGCACAUCCCUAAGGACAAGACCCAGCCAGACCAGGCGGUGAAGACUGGCCAGGUGGAUGACCACAUAGAGAGGCUGGAGGCCGUGGCAGGGGAGGAGCAAUGCAAGAAGCUGUUCCACGGGUCGCUGCUUGGUCCUGUCCCGUACAUCAGAGACCAGAACACGGCCGUUGAUAUCACAGGACUGGGGUGCCGGACCAACAAGACGCUCUCCUUCGUGGCCCUGGACUCGCUGCAGCACCGGGAUGUGGCACGCAGACUUGGCAUCGACCUGUCAUCGCGGGAGCCGGCCAACACAGCGGCGGUGAUCGUUGACGUCCAGCGCGAGGCUCACUUCAUCCUCGACGCCAGCCUCUCCAAGCACGCCCUCGCCGCCUUCAUCCUAAACUACACCAACGGGAUGCUCGACAGAACCUUGGUGAGUGGGGGGAAGGAAAUGACACAGUGUGAUAGUACUUCUCAAAUGUGCAUCCAGGAGCUGACGGCGGAAAACUACUUCAAGGUGACUCAGGAGGCGGGGAAGACCGUGGUGGUGUUGCACUACAACAGCAACUGUGUGGCGUGCAGCACCAUUGGCCACGUGUUCCUGGCGGUGGCACACUCCAUGCGCCACCUCCCAGACGUCACCUUCGCACGGAUCAACGUCGUGGGCAACAUCCUGCCCUGGCACCUCCACUUCACCACGCUGCCCACCAUCAUCGUGCACCCAGCACUCAGAAAGUCUGACAGCCGAGUGUUUGACCUGAGCCACUCGAUCACCCCAGCGAGUGUCAUAUCCUUCAUCAUGGCUGACCUGAGCCCCCGCCAGCGCCUCACCCUGGCCCUGCAUGCCUGUGGCGAGGAGUGCCGUGAAGGGGUGCUGCACGAGGCUGCCCUCGCCUCCACCGCACUCCACCACAACCUCACGACGUCCACCAGGCGGCUCCAGCGUGUCCUGGAGAGGCUGGUGAAGGCCGCACCUGCUGCCGACACACCCUCAGAGGCCUCAGCACAUGAGCAGCGCAGCUUUGAGCGGCUGCGUCAGGCCCGGGUGCACUUCAUGAGGGACAUCAAGACCCAGAGGAAGAAACUGGAGCACCUGCAUCACAUGCUGACGCUGCUCUCUAAACCCCUGGACCAGGAGGCUCUGGACGGCCUCCACGUAGAGUCCUUCAACCACCUGCUGCAAACUCUCACCGCCUCCUCUGCCUCCUCGCCCCCCACCCCCCCUGAGGAGGCCGCCAGCCCUGACACAGCUCGGGAUGAGUCAUAGAGGAGGGCGCCCUGAGGGCCACACAAGCUGGAGCCUUUUCCUGUGAUACAUUAAUUCUUAGGGAAGUUGUAAAGGUAAGGACACAGUCAUGCACUCACCCAUCACACACACACACACACACACACACACACACACACACACACUCCACACGUUUCAUCCUCUCAUCACAAGUUUUUUUCUAGAGACAUCUAUUGAUCAUGAUUAUUUCUGGAAGACUCUGUGAGGCUUUCAUUAAUAAGUGUAGGAUGUGAGCUGAAAUUAUAUCUAUCCUCAUCUCAUUCCCAUGUGUAAGUCAUGCACACUGCCUUCAUUACUUCUUUUGGAUUCCUAUUUGGUGGAAGACGAUACAUUUGUUUAUACUGAGUUUGGGUGAGGACAAAGCAGAGUUGCCAAGGUGUUCAGCGUCUCAGUACAAUGUGGAGGAAAGAAGUAUUUCAUCCACAUUUAUUAUUAAGUGGGAGACAUUGCUGGAUCACUAUUCUUUUGUUGGUUGUUUGAAAGUCUAUAUACAUUUAUAUAAUAUUGCUUUGAGUUCUAAGGAGGCAUAAAUAAUUUCCCGGGACUGAUCAUGAUUAUGGUUAUUGAUGAAGGAAACAGCCGGGCCAGGACUGACGAAGGGACUACAUGGGCCAAGAUGCAUAAUUGUCUUUGGCCGUGAGCAGUGUGAGGUGUGAGAUGCUUGGCCAUUAAUUUUACUGCAUAAAGCGUCUUGCAUCAGAAGGUGGAAGAUGAGUUAUUUAUUAUUGAUGAAGGAAACAGCCGGGCCAGGACUGACGAAGGGACUACAUGGGCCAAGAUGCAUAAUUGUCUUUGGCCGUGAGCAGUGUGAGGUGUGAGAUGCUUGGCCAUUAAUUUUACUGCAUAAAGCGUCUUGCAUCAAAAGAUGGAAGAUGGAAGGUGGAAGUUAUUUAUUAUUGCUGGCUAUUAAUCAUGACACUACCUCAGGUUAAUCUUAAUUGUAUAAGAAACUCAUCUAUGACAAUAAUAUGCUUGGAAACUUUAAUCCUAAGACUGCUCCAUUAAAAACCUUCAAACCUG